GUGGAUCCGGGUGCUGAUUGGCGCGAGAGCGCGGCGGGGCGGGGCCAGAGGCUGCUGGAGCGCUGCCCGCGGGGUAUCGGCGCCGAGAGACAGGCGGCGGCCUCCUGAGCGGGCGAGGUGCGAGGCCAAGCGCGCGACGCCGACUCUGGAGGAACGGAUGUUAACUCAGAGUACAGCAGAAAAUGUCCACUGAGCAGUCCUCAUGGACAAGCUUGUCCACUAUUCAGAAAAUAGCCCUGGGCCUUGGAAUCCCAGCAAGUGCAACAGUUGCCUAUAUCCUAUACCGCAGAUAUAGGGAAAGCAGAGAAGAGCGACUGACAUUUGUUGGAGAAGAUGACAUUGAGAUAGAGAUGCGGGUUCCGCAGGAGGCUGUGAAACUCAUUAUUGGACGACAAGGAGCCAAUAUUAAACAGCUGCGGAAACAGACAGGUGCUCGGAUUGAUGUGGACACAGAGGAUGUAGGCGAUGAGCGAGUGCUGCUUAUCAGUGGUUUUCCUGUUCAGGUGUGCAAGGCUAAAGCAGCAAUCCAUCAGAUCCUGGCAGAGAAUACCCCAGUGUUUGAGCAGCUUUCAGUCCCCCAGAGAUCUGUGGGCAGAAUCAUAGGGAGAGGCGGCGAGACGAUUCGUUCUAUCUGUAAGGCUUCUGGAGCUAAAAUCACUUGUGACAAAGAAUCAGAGGGAACAUUACUGCUGUCAAGACUUAUAAAAAUCUCAGGAACACAGAAGGAAGUGGCAGCAGCUAAGUAUUUGAUACUGGAGAAAGUUUCAGAAGAUGAAGAACUUCGGAAAAGAAUUGCCCGUUCUGCAGAAACCAGAGUCCCACGAAAGCAGCCAAUCAGUGUGAGAAGAGAGGAAGUGACAGAGCCAGGUGGAGCUGGAGAAUCAGCUCUAUGGAAAAAUACCAGUCCUAGCAUGGGGCAGGCUGCACCCCUGGAGGUUCCUCUUUGCAAAGGAGGUAGUGAUAUGGUUGUUGUAGGACCAAAAGAAGGUUCCCCGGAGAAACCUAAUGAUGACAGCUUUCAGAAAUCUGGUGCCCAAACCAGUCCAGAGACGUCCAUGUUUGAAAUUCCCAGUCCUGACUUCAGUUUCCAUGCUGAUGAGUACCUAGAAGUCUAUGUUUCUGCUUCUGAACACCCAAACCACUUCUGGAUCCAAAUCAUUGGUUCCCGCAGCCUGCAACUGGAUAAACUUGUCAGUGAAAUGACCCAGCACUAUGAGAAUAGUCUGCCUGAAGACUUGACUGUGCAUGUAGGAGACAUUGUAGCAGCACCUUUAUCUACAAAUGGUUCCUGGUAUCGAGCCCGGAUCCUUGGCCCCUUGGAGAAUGGAAAUUUGGACCUCUACUUUGUUGAUUUUGGAGAUAAUGGAGAUUGCCCACUGAAGGAUCUUAGGGCUCUCAGGAGUGACUUCCUAAGCCUUCCAUUUCAAGCAAUAGAAUGUAGUCUGGCACAGAUUGCCCCCUCAGGUGAACAGUGGGAAGAGGAAGCUUUAGAUGAGUUUGACAGACUCACUCACUGUGCUGACUGGAAGCCCCUGGUAGCCAAGAUCUCUAGCUACGUCCAGACUGGGAUCUCAACUUGGCCAAAGAUCUACUUGUAUGAUACCAGCAAUGGGAAGAAACUUGAUAUUGGUCUAGAAUUAGUUCGUAAAGGAUAUGCAAUUGAACUUCCUGAAGACAUGGAAGAAAACAGAACUGUCCCAGAUAUGUUGAAGGAUAUGGCCACAGAAACAGAUGCCUCUCUUGCCAGCAUGCUUAGUGAGACCAAAAAGAGCCCGGAAGAGUUACCACAUACCCUGUCCUGCCUCAGCUUAUCAGAAGCUGCCUCCAUGUCUGGUGAUGAUAACCUUGAAGAUGACUUAUUCUGAAGUCUGGGCUUCAGCUGUUGGACCAGCCAUCUGCUUUGCUAAUUUGGUGCCAGGAGAGAGGCGUCUAUGAUAAAAUGAUACAUGAAGUCCUUUAUUUCACACAAUGUGGUUUGCUAUGGAUCAAAUCCAUUUUCGGAACUAUCGGAAUGUGACAGAAGGAGGCAAAUUUCAGGACUAUCAGAGUAUAACAGAGGGAGACAAAUACAUUCCUCCACUGCCUCCCUGGUUUCUCCCCUAUAUUUCAGUGUUUGAAUGCUGUUGUGUAGUUCCAGGCUCUUCUUUGUUAGGCUCAGUCCCCUCUGCCACUCACAAUGUACAUUACUGCUGGGCUGUGUUCCUUUUGAGGCUGGGAGACAGCCAGAAUUUAAGCAUUAGAAGUGAUGAUUCUGCAGACUUUUGACUCAACUUAUCAGGAAGUGUUUGGUGGAUUCAGAAGCGUGCAGUUCUCAGGAGGCAAAUGGCAAAAAUCAGCACAAAUGUAUUAAAUAGCUUUGAGAGGUGGAAAGAGAACACUGCUUCCAGCCUCAGUUGCUGGUGUUAUUGAAGAUAAGUUUUGAAGCUACUCCAACUAUGUUGUGUCCCUGUGAACUUUAGUUAAAAUACAAGUAGAAAGGAAGAGGGGAAGGGGAAACUCGGGAAUGUUGUAAAUUGCGAGUGCUGUGUCUGUAUGUAUACACACAGCUAUAGAAAGAGAAUGUGUAGUUCUGUUUAAAUCAUUUGCAAAAUUGUUUGCUGAUUAAAGUUCUCAAAAAAAUUA